CGCUUCCUCCCGGCGGCGGGGUGGGCUCGACGGAUGGUCCAGAGAGCCGCGUCGAGCGCAGACGAGGCGUCGGGUUUCGCUUCGGACGCUGCUGCUGCUGCUCCUGCUCAGCCAUGGUGAAAAUCAGCUUCCAGCAGCCGGCGGCGGCGCUCAAGCCCGAGAAAGAGGCGGCGGCGGCGGCGGCGGCAACAGGAGCCAACUAUGGAGCCAAAGCCGAGGUCCUCUUGCCCCACGACUUGGUGAGUGGCGGCGGCUGGGGGCGCCUUUAGCUCAAAGGAUAAUGAUAUUAAUAAUAAUAACAACGCAUUAAAUAAAGGGAAAGCGUUUCGAUGUCAAGGGAUGGGUUCCAUUAGGGGGACUUGAAAAGAAAAUGAGCCCCGGAGAGUUGCUUGGGACUGAGCCCCCUGGAAUGCACAGCGCGAUCGGCUGCAGAGCCCGGCCGGGGCGGGACGGGUUUGCCUGCCGGCUUUUCCCUUGCAAGCGCCGACCGGCCGGACGGGCGAGCGGAGCGGAAGAAAGAAAGUCGCCUGUAGAAAAGUGGGGCAAGAUCGCGGGUUGGGGGGCGUAUGAUGGCGAGAGGGCGCGUCGUGGCGCGCAGCCCUUCCCGUUCGCCGGCGAGCCUUGUCCCGCGGCGUUUCCCCUUCUGCCGCAGGGUCCGGGGCUCCUGAGGGUGCCCGCCCAAGCCCCUCGGUUGCGGGGCCGGGGAGGCACUUGGAGGCGCCUGCCUUGGGCUCCUGCAUCCGUAGGACGCGAGAGAGGAGUCGGAAAGUUACAGCAGGAAGAGGCCUGGCGCCGAGUUGCAGCAACAGUCCAGCAGCCCCAGCCGUAGAGGCAGCUCGUAGCUCCCCGCAGGCGGAGGCAACUUUUGCCCAUCCCUGAAGUCUCGGCUUAUUUAUUUAUUUUUCAGGAAAUAACGUGCGCUUUGACCACGAGUUCUUCCCCCGCCCCACCCCCAUCCGUGCACCAUCAUUUGAAAAACCCAGCCUUAGGAAACUGUAAAAUACGUCUUAGAACUCCUGAGCUUGUGCAGAUAUUUUCCCCACAGAGCGUUUGUUUCUCAACAUUUAUAUUCCACCAAGAGUCUCGAGGAAGUGCAAUUAUUCCCUCCCUCCGUUUUUGGUCUUCGCAAAACAACAACCGUGCGAAGUAGAUUGAGGCUGAGCAAGAAACUGGUCUGAGGUGAUCCAAGUGGGGAUUUGAAUCUGGAUCUCCUUGUUUCUAAUCAGACACACAAACCACUAGGCCACGCUGUUCUCUCCUGACCAGGGCCUGCUGAUCAGGGAAGGGCUUCUGGGCCAAGGCAAGAGGGGGAUAAGCAUAGCUGUCAACUUUUCCCUUUUCUUGCGAGGAAUCCUAUUCGGAAUAAAGGAAUUUCCCUUUAAAAAGGGGAAACGUUGACAGCUAUGGAGAUAAGCUAUCAGACAUGCUAGACCUUUGUUGUCUCCCAUGUUGAAGAUUAAAAAAAAAAGUAUGUGGGGCUUGUUGGUUUUUUUGAACCCAGGGUCCAAUCCGUGGCCUAGAAAAAAGACUGUUUCAGCUGUGGUUCUCCUAGUUGAGAAACCAGCAUCUCCACAGUGAGUGGUGCUUUGGGUCUCUGUUUAGAUUCCCUCCACCCCUGGGGUUUGCCCUGCUGACUGUGACCUGCUGAGUUUGGGGUUUGCUGUUGAUUCUUCCCCUCUCCUGCCCCCUUGAAUAGAAUCAGUGGUUGGCAUUCUUUGGCGAGAUUUCAAAAUAUCCAGUUACAAAGCUGAGGGAAGCAGCCAAAAGGUUUCUGGGCUAUAGUGGCUGUGUCCUUUACCGCAGGGGGCUCUUGCUAGUGUUUCUCUCUAUUUCAGUUCCUAUCCAGCGGGUGGGUGGGGAGGUGCUGAGCUGCCUCCAUGAUCUCUUCUAAAAUAAUGGGAGCCUGACUUCAUCCUUUGUCGUUUGUGUGUGCUGCAUAAUAUCUGCCCCUGUUUUCAUCACACCAGGAAUCUCCGCUUGACUCCCGCAAAUUGCAUUGCACCGCCUCUGUUUACUCCACACAAUUUCUCUUUCUAACUCGCUGUCCCGCUCCGCCCCCAUGAAUAGCCUGCAGGACAUCCAGCAUGCUUAGAUAAUGUUCUCAUUCAGCCAGAUUGCUGAGCAUUUCCAGAGGCUUUCACUGACACGAGGAAUGCACAGAAAACUGAGAAACGAGAAGCGUUGUAAAAUGGAGGUUUGGAUGACCAGGAUUCUUCUACAUUUGAGUUUAAAGUUUUGUACAGAGCACACACCUUUUGUUCAUUUGUUCUGUUAUAGCAUCCUCCUUCCCAAAGGAGCCCGGGGGAAGCACUUUUCCAUUCCUCCAUUUAUAUAUGCACCAUUUAUCUUAAAUUAUUGGCAGGGGUGGGGAGUGUGUUGCAAUGACAGCUGCCUACUGUUUUGUUCCUGUAGAUGUCUUCUUGUUGAGUGGUUCAGGAAGUGAACAAAUUAAGGUCUCUCCCACUGUUGCCAGAACUGGGUGUGCAGAAGAAGCUGCUUUAUACGGACCAUUGGGCUACAUAGCCCAGUCAGGCUGGUAGUGGCUGUUCUCUGUCUUCCCCACCAUGUGCUACCUGACCCUUUUAAUGCAGGUGUGGGAAAGAUUUGACCCACCAAGUGUUGCUGAACUACAACUUCCAUCAUCCCAGCCAUUGGCUGUGUUUGCUGAUACGGACUGUAGUUCAGCAAGUUUGGAGGGCCAGAGGUUCCCAGCCCUGGAGAUGCCAAGAUCGAACCUGGAAACAUCUUUGUGCAGCAUGCAGAGCACCACACUUCUACCAAUAAGCUAUAGUCCCCAUACCAGCUGUAUGAUCUGCACUUGUUCUCAUUGGAUUUGUAGCUUGGAGUUCUCUACCCAGAUAAAGAACAAUUCUGCACCAAGUUAACCCAGAUUCUGAUCCUAGGAAAGCUGAAUUCCGCAAUCACAACGCCAUGUGCAAAUUGAUACAAUUUUCGUAAUAUACUCCGCAAUUUCGAAUCUUUUGCCUCAUUUGCCUUUGCUAUUAUGGGAAAAUUCAAGGAGCUAUGCAGGACUGUGAACUCAUUGAAACUCCUCUUUAGAAUCCUAAAGGCUAGAAACUUUUAAAAAUCAGACCUUGUGGUUGUGGCUUCAGAAUAGUAUUUUCCAUGGUUUCCCUCCUCUUUGCACUUGUGUGGAAUAACCAGAAUUAUCACCAUAUUCACGUUGGAGAAGGCUCCAGGCACAGUUUUGCCUACUUGUAAAUUUAUAGUGCUAAACUGACUUUCCAUGGCAACGGUCAGUGGUGACAUCACUGUACCAUGAGGAAGAUGCUGGCAGGGAUUCCUGACAUGUUUUUUUCCAGUUAAAAUGAAGAAAAAGAUAACACAGUUUCUAACACCAUUGAAUGCACUACAGUGGUACCUCUGGUUAAGAACUUAAUUCGUUCUGGAGGUCCGUUCUUAACCUGAAACUGUUCUUAACCUGAAGCACCACUUUAGCUAAUGGGGCCUCCUGCUGCUGCCGCCACGCCACCGAAGCAUGAUUUCUGUCCUCAUCCUGAAGCAAAGUUCUUAACUUGAGGUAUUACUUCUGGGUUAGCGGAGUCUGUAACCUGAAGCAUUUGUAACCCAAAGCAUUUGUAAGCUGAGGUACCACUGUACUAGGAUUAGUGUUCCCUUGCAGUCAUCUUGCAGCCCUUUUCCAAAUCCAAGGUGAAGAGAGACUUGUAAAAGUUGUUUUUAUUUUUCCUUUUCUUAAAAAACUAUUACAAUAAAAAAACUUAAAAAAAACUUAAACUACUCUAGAAUUUAUUUUAUGAAUAUUAUAAAACUGAGCGAACACAAAUCUGUUUCUUCUCCAAGCUAUGCAGCUUGCAUUUGAAAGGAGCAGCAACAUGAAUAUUAUGCAAUCAUUUUACUUUCUUACUUCAAGUUGAGCGCGUCGUAUCUCAACUACUAGGAUGUUUAGAUGACUGAUAUUGAGCAAGCUGGGCUACAGCUUUUGUCUGAGGCUCCUCCCAUAGAAUUCAGAGUCAGAAUCCUUGCUAAUCUACUUCAAGUCACUCAGAGAUCUACUAGCAUAUUUCAUCCGACCUUCCCCCCAUUUCUGCUUUGUACAGGGGAAUAGGAAGCUCCAUUAUACAGAGUCACACUAUCGGUCCAUUUAGCUCCAUGUUGCCCACACUGACUGACAGCAGCUUUCUGGGAUUUUAGGUGGGGGACAUUCCUAGCCCUACCUGGAGAUGCUGGGGAUUGGAUCUCGAAUCUUUUGCAUGCACAACUGCAGGCACAAGCUCCUCUUCCUCUCCUCCCACCUGAAACCCCUUUUUGCUCCCAAAAAUCUGCUUCAGAAGGUUGGGGAACUCUGCAAACCCAGGUGGGGGGAGAUGAGGCAGAGGAGGAUGGAGAAGUCAUGUUGCACAAGCAGGCUUGCACCACUGAAUGUCACUUAAGGUACAAGCCUUUAACACCUGUGCAAUUUCUUCCCUCCCGCUAUGGAAAGUGGUUCCAGGACAAGGAAAUCUGGGUGGCUCCAGCUGCUGACAGACCAUAAGCUCUUGGCACUGGGCAUGCUGAGAAGGGUUGGUGGGAGUUAGAGUCCAACAACAUGAAGGGACUCCGUUUCUGCCUCCUAGUUUUAGAGUCACCCUGAGGGGGCUGGGGAAACAACUGUUGGGAAUUUGCAUGUGUUGGCCUCCCUCUCAACCCACUCCCCUUUCUACAUGACGGUGUACAUUUGUCUUCCACUAUGGGCUGAUAAUCCUGCACUUCUCUGAUAGAGGAAAAAGGGUUAAGCAGCCAGGGUUUUAUUGAAUUCCCUUGUUCUGAUUGCACACCCACACGAAUCAGCACCCUGCCACCUCUUUCAUUCGUGCAGUGACAAAGCUAUGCAUUAAUUAGAAAAGCAGCUUUAUUGGGUAUUUUGUGCAUGGCUUGCUGCCUGUAGCCUCUGCUUAGGGCAGGUGGGUGAGCAUUGUUUCUCAAAGCACAUGGCUGGUGUCAAGGAUGCAAUCAGACACAUCAUUGUGAUUGUUCUCUUCAAGUGUCUUCAUUUGAGAUCCCAAGUGGCUGUGACUCUCUGUGGCUUUGCACGAGUACCACAUUUCAUAUGCUCUCUGCUGAAAAACUGCUUGCCGUGAAGACUGCAUGUAGUACCUUUUCCAUUCUAAAGCAAAGCUUUUGAAACAGUCUGUAUGCAUAAUUGCGUCCUGGUUUCUGUUGAUGUGAGGAAACAAGAGCCAUAGUGUUAAGGCUGUGCUCUUGACUUCCUGGGGUCAUGAGGAUCUAGCUCAAAGCCAGGUGCCAGCAAGAAUUCUUGGGUGCUAGAGAGGACAAGGUGAGAGGUUAUAGGCAGUUUACAUGUGCAGCAAGAAUAGUUCUCCCCUCCACCUAGCUCAGGAUGUCCACUCCAGUAAUCUAUAACUUUUCCGACCUGGAACCUGCCCUCAAUUCACACAUGCCUUUAGGGACCCACUUCUUAAUUUUUCUUCACUAAUACAUUAGUACGGCCCUAGUGUUGCUGUUGCAACACAUAUUAAAUCAGGCUGUGCCCAGUAGUGGGUCACACGAUCCACUGGGUAAGACAAAUGGCAUACACUGACUAGUAGCGACACUCCAGCUUUUCAAAAAUGGGACAUUCCUGGCCCUACCUGGAGGUGCUGAGGUUCGAACCUGGGCAAAGCAAGCAGUGAUAGAAACUCAGAUAUAUAAACUAAUUGCCAAAUGGCACCUUAACGUUACGUUUGCCACAAUGGAAUGUCUAGGGGCAAUGAAAUUAUUUCAUUGCAUUUCUAAAGGUAAAGGGACCCCUGACCGUUAGGUCCAGUCGUGACCGACUCUGGGGUUGCGGCGCUCAUCUCGCUUUAUUGGCCGAGGAAGCCGGCGUACAGCUUCUGGGUCAUGUGGCCAGCAUGACUAAGCCGCUUCUGGCGAACCAGAGCAGCGCACGGAAAUGCCGUUUAUCUUCCCGCCGGAGCAGUACCUAUUUAUCUACUUGCACUUUGACAUGCUUUUGAACUGCUAGGUGGGCAGGGCUGGAACCGAACAACGCGAGCUCAUCCCAUUGCAGCGAUUCGAACUGCUGGCCUUUUGAUCAGCAAACCCAAGCAGCAUAGUGGUUUAACCCACAGCGCCACCCGCGUCCCUGUUGACACACACACGCAAAUUAUAUAUAAUACACAGGCAUACAACCCACCCUGUUUAGGAGGUCCAGGUGUCUUUUGUACCCUGCCUUCACAAACAUCCUUAUUUCACCUGCGAGUGAUGCAAUUGUUGGCAACAUUUUCUAUUGCUAUCUAACCCCUCUUCUAAAAAUGGAUUGUUUGCCCUGCUCGGAGCAGGGACCGAGCAACGGGAGCUCACCCCGUUGGGGGGGAUUCGAACCGCGACCUGAUCGGUAAGCCCUAGGCUCUGUGGUUUAACCCACAGCGCCACCCAUUCCAUUUCUACACCGCUUUAUAUUUCAAAGAACAAAAAAUCUCAAAGCAGUUACAAACACAUUAAAACAAUCCAGAAUAAAACAAAUUCAAGCUUCAAGGAAAAUAUAUCAGAUCCUUCUCUAAAUGGCAUUUUGCUUUCCCCUAUUUAUUUGCCUACGGCAUUUAUAUGGCUGCCCCAUAGCAAAAGUACUGUAGGAAGCCAGAGCGGUAUAGUGGUUAGAGUGCUUGACUAGGACUUGGGAGAUCAGGAUUCAAAUCCCCACUCAGCCAUGAAGCUCAAUGGGUUACCUUGGAGCAGGGGCGUAGCGUGGGUUGUCAGGACCCGGGGCAAGGCAAGUAAUUUUCACCCCCUAACCCGUGGAUUUGCGCCCCCUAACCCUAACCCCCAGAUGUUGCGCCCGGUGCGGCUGGCCCCCCCUGCACCCCCCACGCUACGCCACUGCCUUGGAGUCAGUCACAGCUUCUAAACCUCACAGGGUUAUUGUAGGGAUUAACUGAGAAGGGAGUGAACCUGUACUCCUUGCAGAAAAAGGUAAUUAAUAAGCUCUUCUGCUUACUUGCUUAAGAAAGCUGGGGAUGGGGCAGCCAGAUGGAGAUGUCUGAACCAACCUGGCAUGCAGAGAUCUCCAUGUGGUUUCAGUUGGAUCUGCACAAGUCGCAAAAUGCGUCUGGCACAUGGAAAUUUCUAAUACUGCAAAGCAGAGGCUCUGCUGCUGAGCUGCUAUGAGUGGAUCUGGCGCUCUUGUGCAACAAAGCCAUGAUAGAAACAUGGAAUUUUUUUGGUAAGAAAAGCAGGAAAAGGUGCUGGAAGGUUAUUGUAUAACCUCUAUUCAAGCAAAUUGGAAUGAAUGAACUGCAGUGUGGUGUGACCUCUGUAAAUGUUGUUCAAACAGAUCAGGAUGAACGGUGAGUAAUGGGGUUGUCUGGAAGAGCUCUUAGCAACAUUUGCUAAGGACAUAUAGCGGCACUGAGAUGCUGGUGGACAUGCCCACCACUUCAAGAAUUCAUUGUUAUGCUGCUCAGGAAACUGUGUGCCUGUUCUCCAAACCCAUGUGUUUUUUUCUAGGCAGGGGGCUCUUAACCAGCAUUGCCUGCAAAGCUCUCAAUGCAGAACAGAAAUAAUCUGCCAAACUCACAAAAUGCGCACAUUCUCUGUGAGCACAUUUUAGCUGAGGUCAUUUUCAUAUUGCAAUCUUAGUACAAUAUAUAAGCCCUUUGGGAGCUGCAGACUGUAGUGGAAGAAAUAAAUAAAUGAGGAAAGAAUAUUGAGGUCCCAGCAGAAUAGAAACGGGAAGAUUUCAGGGCAAGUCAUAAAUAAUGAUGCCGUUCCCUCUGUGUAAUUGAAUGUUCCCAUCCCUGAAAAACAACAACAGAGGACCAAAAUGUGAUAAGAGGUGAAGGGCUGAGUGUCCUUUGCACCUUAUUUGGGGGAAAUGGUCUAGGAUGGCAACAGCUGAAAAAUGAAACAGAUGAAACAGCUUUGGAAAGCUAAGUGGGCAGGGGAGAUGAAGGGACUUCUUUCUGACGGCACUGAACUUGGGUAAACUUGCUUUAAUUUCCUUCCUCUUGUUUACAUCAGCGGAAAUCUCAUUGAUCAAGCCCAGAUACAAGCAACUGUAAGCUUGGCUGUCGCUUAUUACAUCUAACCUUGAACUUUAUCAAUGGCAACUGAUUUCCUGCUGAUAAAAAGGUCGCAAAUGACUCUGGGGUUGCGGCACUCAUCUCGCUUUAAAGGCCGAGGGACCUAGCAUUUGUCCGCUUCCGCAGACAGUGCCCCCCCCGGGUCAUGUGGCCAGCAUGACUAAGCCGCUUCUGGCGAAACCAGAUCAGCACAUGGAAACGCCGUUUACCUUUCCGCUGGAGUGGUACCUAUUUAUCUACUUGCACUGUGUGCUUUCGAACUGCUAGGUGGGCAGGGCUGGAACCGAACAACGGGAGCUCAUCCCAUUGCAGGGAUUCGAACUGCUGGCCUUUUGAUCAGCAAACCCAAGCGGCAUAGUGGUUUAACCCACAGCGCCUCCUGCGUCCCUUUGACACACACACGCAAAUUAUAUAUAAUACACAGGCAUACAACCCACCCUGUUUAGGAGGUCCAGGUGUCUUUUGUACCCUGCCUUCACAAACAUCCUUAUUUCACCUGCGAGUGAUGUAAUUGUUGGCAACAUUUUCUAUUGCUAUCUAACCCCUCUUCUAAAAAUGGAUUGUUUGCCACUGUUAGUUCCCUGUAGCAGGCAGUUCCACAGGUCAGCUUUACUCAACCUUAGCGCAGACAUUGAGUUCUGGGGGUAUUGUGACUCCUGAAAUUCUUUUUGUUUUAGGCAAAAUGCGCUGACGCAGAAACUCCUCGCAAGUAUUUUUAGUAGCCUCCUGUAGCUUCUCUCCAUCUCCUUUCACACUUGUACUCUGUGCCUACCCCAAAUCUGACAGUUUCUUUCAUCCUUCCUACCUGGGCCAUUUACAUUCACUUCUUCCUCCUAACAGCUUCCAUGUUUUAUCCCCAUCUUCUCUAUUCCCAGUUUAUUACUCUCGCUUUUGGAGAUGCUUCUGCUAGCACCUGCCCAACCCAAAGUAUCACAUAGCCAGGGCUGGGUGGGUUAUAGCGCAGAAGCUUUCCUGCCUGAAAGUGGGUUGGGGCUCCCUAGUAGUCCCUGACCCACAGCUGGAAAAAACAUGGCUCUAGACGGAUUUCCUAUUAAUAAUGAAUAUAUUUCCAUCCGUGUUUUCUCCCUGAACCAAUCUAGCAUCGUUUCCAAGGAAAGAAGAAAAAGAAGAAGAAAAUGUCUCAGAAUAAAUCAGUCAGUCCUGGUGUGUGUUAAUUUAUUAACCUGCCCUAAAACGGGCCAGAUGUUUUUCAUGAUCCUUUUGUUUUAUAACAAGUUUGGGAAAGCCUGCCUUUUCAUAGCUUGUUUGUUUUUUUGCCAUUCUGUGCCUGCCGCUCGUUGCUCUGAUUGGUUUUCUGCAGCAGACUGUGCACCAAGCUGAUCCACUCCUUCCUUUAUUGGAUCGUACCCUCCUAUAUAUCCUGCCUGCCAACUGGGACGGACUUAAAAUGCCAGAGCAUGCUUCCUGCAAGCCAGCCAGGGAGACUAUUCUCACCCGCUUACUUCAAGGCCCUCCCAGCUCCGACUAUGCCCACCCCACCCACUCUGUGGAGUAUCUGAACUGUGGAGUAUCUGUGGUGUUCAUGGAGCUCAGCCAAGCUACACAACCUGCCUUGUUGAUAAGUUUAUUAUUUUUCUUCCUUGCCGCCCCGGUGGAAUGCUCGCUUCUCGCUUCUGCCGAAUUGCAUAUGUCUGUUGCAUAUAGGGGCUGCUGCAAAUGAGCUCAUUUAAUGUUUUCGUGCAGUGCAUCCUGAGCCGUACCUUGUUUUAAGGAUUUGCAGCCACAGGCUUGCUCUCAGCAGUGACCCUUCAUUGUUUUCCUAGACUGUGUGCCUGAUGUUACUGUGUUGAAUUAGCAUUAUCAUUGUGCAGGCUGAUCUCAUGAGCGCUGGAACACUGAUGUAAUGCCACACGCCGGAUUCCAGUUGCCCGUUAGAAAUUUAUUUAUCUUUGCCCCUCAGAUGUGUCCAAGGCAGUGUGCAAAGCUUAAAUUAGAAAAGGUUAGUUAGCAAAACAGGACCUGAAACCAGUCUAGUGUCGUUUCGUUAAGUACAGAUGGAAGAAACCACAGUUUCCUCAAGUUAUGGACAUAACAGGAAAUUGUGGUUUAUUCAGAACUGUAUGUGAGUUUGCAACCUACAGCCUUUGCAUGUGAACAAGGAGAAGAGAUGGGAGGACAAAGCACCCAAGGCUCUUUGCACCUUCUUCUUUGUAACUAAACUAAACUAAACUAAACAAAAAUGGUUCACUGUUACUUUUGAGUCCUGAUUACUAUAUAAACGAAGCAACAAAAUUAUUGUAUGCUACAUAAAAUAAAAACAAGUUACAGGAUUAUGCAAUAGUGCCAAAGAUCAAAAUGACUAUGAAUUAAGGAGGACAAAUUCUGGAUUUUUUUUAAAUCAAAAGUUAUGUAUUCUUUUCUGAUUUUUUUGUGACAUGGUUUUUGAAUAUUACAAAACAUGAUGUUUGUGUAAUUACUAUUAAUUGUUUUCUGUAGUGUGUCCAAGAGACUCAACAGGGACAAAAAUAUUAAUAGCAGCAUUCAAAUAAAAUAUGAGCCACUUGGUCUGCAGAAACAUACCCUCCAACAUUUAGCCACUGAAAAAAGGGACAUCCCAUUCCAUAAUGAUAAUUUUACCAUUUAUACCCCACACAUCUUAUUGGGUUGCUCCAACACUCUGGGCAGCUUCCAACAUAUAUAAAAACCUAAUAAAACAUUAAACAUUAAAAAAUUUCCCUAUACAGGAUUACCUUCAGAUGGCUUGGGGGGGGGGGGUUGAAUAACUCCAUACCCUCCAACAUUUCUCCAGUGAAAAUAGGGACAUCCUAAGGAAAAGUGGGAUAUUCCGGGAUCAAAUCAGAAACCGGGAUGGCUUCUCUAAAUCGGGGACAUCCCUGGAAAAUAGAGACACUUGGAGGGUCUGUAGAAACAUCAUAUAUGUAUAGGGAUUCCAUAGUAAGUAAGUACAGUGUCCAUAUUGCUGAGGGGGAUGCUGAGGCUGAAGGAGAAUGACUUGCUUAAAUCUACCUAGUGAGCUUAUGGCAGGGGCAGAAUUUGAGUCGAUGCCUUCCUGGUUCAGAACACACUGUCUUUACUGCUCUUGACUACAUCACAAAAUAUAGUACAGAAUACAAAUCACACACUAGCAGUAGCAUACCUGUUUGCACACUACCUGUUUUCAAGCUUUGCUUUGUUUGCUUGGCACAAUUUGGAAACAAUAAUAAACAAAAAACUGAAAAAGGUCUGCUGUUCAUCAUGGGAAGCAAACUUUCUGAAAUGUUUUACUCUGUAUUCCCGUCUUGACUCCUCUUAUCUUCUGAAAAUAUUCUAUUCAGCACUGAGAAAUCCUGAUCAGUGUUUAAGCAUGUCUUUCAUUGCCCAUACCAAUGUUUUUGUUACCUUGUGUCCUUCUUUUAAACAGGAGGAGCAGCCCUUGCCUUUUCCAGUGGAGACCAGGAAGCCUCUUAGUCGCAUCUUCUACUGGACGAUGAUGAUGCUGUUGUUGCUCCUCGGCCUGAUUUUGACAUCGAUGUAUGUCUACAGAUACUUCUCUUAUACUUUCCCAAAUCAGGUAUGUAUGGGGCAUUGUGAAGGGUCUCCACCUCGUCCCCCCAGGAUUCUCAAAGUUCAUGUUGACUUAACCUAUUGCCAUAUCUCCAUUAGUCAUUUGAUUCCUUCAUCUCUCCCCCCCGCCCAAGGUUCAUUUAUCAUUCAUAGCUCACUUUUGCUUCCUAGGGAAGCCCAGAUCCCUAAACAGCAGACAAAAACAAAAAGCCAGAAUGAAAGAUCUCUGCUGUAUAUAACAAAAUGCAGCAUAGUUCAAAAUAUAAAACACGACAAAGGCAAAUUCAUAUCAAAGCAGUGUCAGCAAAACAAUAAAACUGUUAGAUACAUAAGAAUUAAUUAAACAACAAUCUUCUGACCUUAAUGUUCCCAUCCCUUUUCCAUGGUACCGACAGAUUAUAAUUUUCCUGAGAACUCCAGGGUGGAGACUGAGAGAGAGGUGGACCACAGCACUUAAUUUCCCAUCUUUAAUAUUAAUCUGCAAUUUUCAUUUCCAAGCCCUUUGUCAUUGGCACUUCUCUUUCUUGAGUACAUUCCUGGCUCUCUUUUUACUCACUGGAGAGUUUGCUCUGUACGUACGCUACGGUGGAGGUUUGUUUAAAAUGUGUUCUGUGAGGUGAUAUUUAAGCAACGCAGGUGGGAAGCUGAGACUUGUCUGGUCCCAGAGAACAGGAGGUAGGAAAAAUGGGAAAUGUUGUUGUUGUUGUUGUUGUUGUUGUUGUUGUUGAAGACUCAUCAUGUGCUUGAUUUUGAGUUACAUAGAAGCUUUGGGCAGAGAGGCAGCACUUACUUAGAGUCACACUUGAGAGCCAGCUGCACAUCAUAUGCAAAUGUGUGCAACAAAGCCCCAACUGUCGCUUGUUUUAAAAGAAAAGCGGCUUCAGGAGGCAGCCAUGUUGAGGUUGUUUGUUGUAUUUGCCUCAUCUUAAGGGCCUUAACUCAGUGUGUGGGAUGCAGAAAGCCCAAGCUUCAGCCCCUGGUCUCUCCAGAGGUGGGUGGGAAACACACGUCUAAAACCAUGGAGAGCUCGUAGUGGAGCCUUCACAGCUAAUGCAGAAUUUGGUGGCCAAGACAGCAUGAAGCACCGUCCGCUGUUCCUGUGUGAAAGCUUUUUCUGUGACUCUUGCAACAAAGGUCAAAGAGCCCCUGCAUUUAUGACCACCCUUUUUAUUUCCACAGUAUGGCCUGGAAGAUCAGGAGCAGGAGAUGCUCUGCCAGCUUUUCUAUGUAGAUGAAUUGAGGGAGCAGCUGGAGCUGCAUGAGAACGUGAGGAUUUACCUCGGCGAGAAUUAUGAGCAGAUCAGCAUCCCAAUGCCCCACUUUGGUGAAAGCGACCCUGCAGAUAUUAUCCAUGACUUUCAGAGGGUAAGGAACGAGCAACGUGCUACAGAUAUUAUGACAGCUUCUGAGGAAGGGCUGCACCUUGGAGUCUCCUGAAUAUGCUUGUAGCAGCUUCAGAGACUUGCAGGAGUGACAGGACAGGAAGUUUUCCUGACCAUGUUUUCAAAAGAGGUGCCUGCUCAGUUAGGUGUACCAGUUCCUUUUCCUAACAUUACAUCACAGGUAUCUCCUGUAAGCAGAGCUUGUACUAGAAGGAUCUUUCAAGAAGAGGAUGCACUAAUGGUUAAUCUUUGAUGUUGCAUGAAAGGUACUAACGUUGCUUAAGCUGAGGGAUCCUGGGUUGUUGGAGUAAACCUCUGCUGCUCUUUCACCAAGAGCAACAUAGCCUCCCUUGUGUGAGCUCAUUCUGCCUGUUUUUCCUUUCAGGGUCUGACUGCCUACCUUGACAUCAGCUUGGAUAAAUGCUAUGUCAUUGAGCUGAACACCACCACUGUCAUGCCACCUCAGAGUUUCUGGGAGCUGUUGGUUAACGUAAAGGUAGGUGGGAAAUGUUCCUUAUUCUCACAGGGGUGCUUUGAAGAUAAAAUGGAGCGGACACGUGAAAUAGAAUAGAUAAAAAUAAUUGUGCACGGUCUGAAACACAGGGCAGGAUUCACCUUACAAACACCAGGGCUUUUGCUUGUGCAGUUGGGACUUUCCCCCUCACUUUCUUUCCUGGAACAGCCCCUUAGUCGAGGGGGAGAAGGAUGGGAGAACCCCCUGAAUAGUGUGCACUGUGUGGGGACAUCACAAAUUGAAUGAGGGGGUUGCCUGUAUGUUGUAAACUGCCUUGAUAUACUUUAUAGAACUGUUGAUUAUCAAUAUUUAAAUGAAAAUAAAUAGAUAUAGUCGGUCAUCCAACCUUGGAUUUAACAAAUAUGUAUUGGCAGGAAAUGCGUAGUCAGCCUUGCACACAUGCUAUCUUCUUUGUCAGUCUCCUUCCGUGAUGCAGAUAAACAGAUAGCUUGACUUUUACAGAACAGCUCUGCUGGCAUUGGAGAACUCUCCUUAAUUGACUGAGACAGCAAUAUUUUACAACAGGCUAUUGAUUUAGCUUGAUGUGGCAGCACAACAGCAUAGCAAUGUGUUAAGAUGCCCUGCUCCCAUUGAGUUUUCUUAAUCUCCCAGGAGAUAAUCAAUCACUGCGUCAGGAAGUGGGUUGGGAGGGCAUCUGUGGCUUGGGAUGCUUGCCAGGGGAACUGCCUAUUCAGCUGAUGCCAUUCUGAUGGUAUCACUGUGGGAUCUCUCUGCUUGCCUCCUCUGCGGUUUUGGAAUGUAUAGGUCAGUAUGCUGGUGGAAAGCUUGUUUGCUUAGUAGAUGGUCUUGUGUUGGGGCAGGUGUCUGCUUUUAAAAAUUAAUUUCAUUUUUUUAAUGCUGCCCUAUAAUUGUGUAAUCUUAGGGUGGCUAACAGAUUUAAAAUUUGGGCUGGGAGUGAGGGUUGGUUAAUAAAACAUAAAGCAGGACUAAAAGCAGCCCAGAUACCAGAAACUUAAAGUAGAAGCAAAAGGCUUAACAAAACAAAAAGGUCUCUACCUGGCACCAAAAUGUUAUCUAGGUAGAUAUCUAGGUAGAUGCCAGGUGAGCCUCUCUUGAUAGGGCAUUAUAUAAUCAAGGACCAAUCUCAAGCCAUUUAAGGUUUUAAGGGUCAAAAACCAGUGCUUCUAUUUAUGCCCAGAAAUGGUCUGGGAGCCAGUGAAUCUGGCAACACACUGUCCUGUUUCCUAAUCUCAGUUCAGCAGUGUUGCAGCUCAGUUUUGAGCUCUGAGGUUUACAGACCAUCAUUGGUCCUGUGCAUGGUACACACUGGGAGGUUGCCCAGGGCAUGGAUAACUGAAGUUGGGCUAUUCCUGUCCAGGUAGGGUCACAGUCGGCACCCAGCAAAGGUGCUAAAGGGCUACACCUCCUGUGCCAAAUACGGUUCAAGAAGCACCCCCAGACUGCAAACCUGAUUGUUCAACCCUCUCCAGAACACAACUUGCUUUGCUAUCUUGUUUGGGUUGAAUUUCAAUGUACUGAGCAUCAUGCAGUCUAUUAAUAUGUCCAGGUAUUGAUUUAACACCUCUUCCUCCUCGCCUGAGUCGAUGAAAAUGAGAAAUUGGGAGUCAACCACAAACUGACUUCGCUGAAAAGCUUCCAGAUGACCUCACUCUGUGGUUUCAUGUAAACGUUUCAGAGCACGUAGGCAAUAGAGCAAGACUCUUGUGGGGCCCUGGAGCACAAGCACCCAGAAAUGAAGUGAGCUCUCUUCCAAUCACAAAAUAUUUUCUAAAAUAGUUCUGCAAGUUGAAGCAGAACUACUGCAAAGCACUGCCCUCAUUUCUCAGCACAAGGCAACCUAAUCCAGAAAGAAAUCAUGGUCUCUUUGUUUCUAAGGAGCAAGGAUUGAAUUGGCACAAUCUGACCUAUUUGGUCAUUCAGAUCAGAUUGAGUAUGAGGAUACUUGUAUACCCAAAGAUGAAUGAGGACAGAGUCCUGCACUUAGCAGGCUCAAAACCAGCUAUAUUUUAUUAUUCUGUCCUAAUAUUGUUUGUUGGAAGCCUGUGGGGUGAAGAAGAUUAACCCCUGCUUAUUAAACUAGUUCUGUUUUCUUCCACCGACACAUUCAGAACCAUAUUGUACACCUGUGACUUUGCAAUAUCAUUUCUGAUUCCCUAUUUAGUGCUUCUUAAUUAUAAUUCUAGCGUCCUGUGGCUACAUUUAGACCAUUGAGAAACAAAGCGACACUGGGAAGGUGGUCUGGCUCUAAAUGGAACUGCAGUUUUCCAAUUCCGCUAGGUGAUUUGCUUCAGAAAAACAACCACCACCUCUCUAAAUGUCUUCAGUGCGCGCGCUCUCUCUCUCUGUAUUUGUUCUUUUCCUCCAUGCACUCCAGGGCCAACUAGCUUGAUUCCAAGCCAAAGGCUAGGUGGAACAACUCUGUCUUACAGGCCCUGCAGAAAGAAAUCAGAUCCUGCAGGGCCCUGGUCUCAUGAGGCAAAGCGUUCCACCAGGCCGGAGCCAGUGUUGAAAAGGCCCUGGCUCUGGUUGAGAACAGGGGACAAAGGUGGAGGCCCCCUAGAAGGUCUAUGUGUUCAUUUUUGGCCUUUUGAUUUAUAAAAACCAAUUAAGCCAUGAGAAGAUUCCACCUGAUACCUGUUUGUAUUGAUUGUCUUCAGAAAGCUUACAAAAUAAUGAUGUUCCUGUCAGAAGUGUGCUGCUGCUCCCGGCUGGUUUUCAAAAUGCCAAUUAAAUCCUUUGCUGAUGAAGAUGAAUGAAUGUUGCUUGGAUCAAAAUAUUGAAGCCCUGAUAAAAUCAUUUCUGAAGAGCAAAGAUCAUGGCUGUCAGGCAUAGUUUCCCCCUGAAAUUUAAUCCUCAUCAAAUAAUCUCAGUAAUAGUUAAGAUUUUGUGAAUUUAAUUCUGUGGUUUCAGAAAGGGGCAUACCUGCCACAAACCUACAUGAUCCAGGAGGAGAUGAUAGUGACGGAACAUGUCACUGACGUGGACCAGCUUGGCUUCUACAUUUAUGCCCUGUGCAGGGACAAAGAGAUAUAUAGGCUGAAGCGCAGGACUGCGAGAAGACGUAAGUUUUUGCUGUUGCUUCUGGAGUUACACUGCUCAGCUGGGCUUUGAAGUCAGAACAGCAUUUAUCUUUGCAAUUCCACAGAGGAUAACUAUUUUAUUUAGACAUUUAUUAACUGCCCAUCAACCAUGGCCACUGGUUGGUUUACAGCAAAUGUCUGAAACAGUAAAAUAUACACUAAUGAUAAAUUAGAACAAUAAAAUCAGUAAAAACAUUAAACUCAACACAAUAUGCAUAAAACCCCUUGGAAGGCUGUUAAUUCAUCUAGCUGAUUUACAGUAGGAGUAACUGUAUGCUUUUGUAAAGGAUAUCAUUAUGAUAGUCUUUAUUACUGAAGCUAUGUGCUUUAAAAAGAAGUUUAUUUCUUUAAUAGAAUAAAUGCCUUGAUGGAGGCCAAUUUUUAAAAAAUGGUUAUGGGGUUAUUUUUGUGCUCUUGCUUCAACAUCCUUGAUUCUUGAACCGGUUCUAUUUCAACACUCAUCUGCUUUCCUCGCCACACCAUGUCUUAAUCUGACAUUUCUUUCUACUCUCUUCCAGAUAUCCACCGACGUGCUGCUGAGAAAUGUCAUCACAUCCGCCAUUUUGAAAACACUUUUGUGGUUGACACAGCCAUUUGCCAGAAGUUGUGAGAGCUGCACUCCCAAUGUAACCCUCUUGGGCUUUUCCUCUACUCAUCCGUGCAGGCGUUCUUGCUCUGUCCUUGAGAGAAUGUGUCUUAAUUUACUUCUUGCUCCCAUUGCUUGCACAUUACUAACUUCUCAGGUCACAUGUGGCCAAACACUGGGCCUUGGGUGUCUUUGUUCUGCAUUUACAUUUAACAUUCACACAUCACUGGGCUUAAAUUUACACAGCGACCCCAAAAUGUGAGUAUUGGGUUUCUCUUGAGAAAGGUAGCACAACAAUCUCUUCUGAAAGAGCAUGAGAAGUUUGAGAAUCGGGAGGCCCUACUUCAAAUCUGUACCCAACCACAAAGUUAUCUGAGUGAAGGUGAACCAACCACUCACUCUCAGCAUUACCAGCUUCACAAUACUGUUGUGAGGAUGAAUGGGGUUGGUUUGUUGGUUAGGAGCUGCUUGGAAGGUGGAUUACAAAUGUAAUAAUAAAAAAGAAGAGUUGGCCUUUUUCACUAGAGUGCCACUUCCUUGUAAAGGACCCUUCUCAGCACAAAGAACCAUUUGUAUGAAUCAAUUAACAGAAAAUCUGCAGUGAAAUUAAUUCCCUAAAAGGGCAAGGAAGCUGUAUCAGUAUCCUUGCAGCUCAACAUAGAAAUUCAUGGACUUGUUAUUCUAGGUCAGAGCUUUCCAAACUUUUCACGUUGGUGACACACUUUUUAGACAUGCAUCAUUUCGCAACACAGCAGUUCAGUUUUACUAGCAAACCAGAGGCGAAACUAACCCCUUUUCAGCCUGGAGGAGCAGCGCAGGGAACAUUUGCCUGCAGUCAGCACACUGACGUGUCGACACAGUUUGGAAAGCUCUGUCCUAGGCUUUACAUAGCAGCAUUCGUUGCCUUUCUGUGCGAGCUUGCCUGCCAUUUUUUCCUCAUUUCUCUGUAAGAGGCACAAUCCCAUAAUGCAAGGGAUGCGUGUACCACUGAUCUGCAUGCAAGAUUGGUUGUGUUCUCCUGAAUCUUCAGGAGAAGGAAAAGCAAACUCUUAAAAUCAUGAGUUUGUAGACCAGCAAGAACAAACCAUUCUGGGAGAUGUUGCUGGUGAAGAGGUCAAUACAGCUGGCUCUCCCAGUGUCCAGAUUGUCUCACCAUCUCCAAGUGAAACAGGGCCCACUAGUCUUUUUACCAUUGGAGAGAUGACAACUGAACUUGGACCAAAUGUUUAUCUUGAUUGACUUAUCUUUGGGAUCAUAAAUAAAUGUUUCAGAAUAUCACUUAGCAAUUCAUUUUUGCCAGAUGUUUAUAACGGAGGUUUUGUAGAUGCAACAGUCAGAUUGAGCUCUUGCUUUGUAGGAAUGGAUUGGUUGAAAUAAUGAUGAGGACCUCCAUGCAAAUAGGUAGUAGGGCUGUGAUUCAUGUUGCCCACCCUCCACAACAACAACAACAACAACAACAACAACAGCGAGAAAGGGAUUAGUAGCACUGCAGACUGGAGGAAAGAUUGGCUCCCCAUUUCCUUGCACACUAUAUACUACCCAUUAGGUUUCUAAACAUCAGAAGUUGAACAGUAGAUUAUGAUCCAGGUCCCUAGACGUCUGCUCUUGUAAAAGAUUGGUUAAACAAGAAAAAUCAAAUGCAGUUGGACUGCAGUUACACAGUUUUCUUUUUUGUGGCAGAUGGAAAAAUGUGGUUGAGAACACCCCUAGACAAGUAGAGUUCAGGGAAUAUGAGGAGGGAGAGGGAUGCACAGAAAAGAGACCAACAUUCGUUUAGCAGAACUUUGCUAAACACUUCCUACACAGUAAAAAUCUCCUGGAAGAUAACAGAACUAAAAGUUGUGGUUGCAUUUAAUAUACUGGAAAUGCAAAUUGCACAAUCUGAAGCAUCUUCAUCAUGUGUCUUGACCAUUGAGGGCAUUAAUGGAUCAGUCCCUGGGAGAACGUUGGUCCAGGUGUUGUAUAGGGCAUAGGAUGCUUGUGUGGAGCUGGGAGAUGGAGCAGGUGGACACAGGAAGAGAAGAUCUGAUAUUUGUCAGAAGAUCUGUGGCAAGGUUGUCUCCCAUAGUAUGUAGUGGGAGAGAACUGGGGGUCUCAUUGAACAGCUCCCAGGUUACAGAAGGUCUGAGUUGUCAACAUAUCUAUAUUUCAGGAAUGUGCCUGCAUCUCGAAUUGAACUCUUGGUGCUUCUGAACAAGGUUUAGGGUAGCUAUGCAUACACAAAUAUGUGCUUCAAGUGUCCCUAUGGCAUUUGCUCCCUGUAAUGAAGUAGUGGCCUGGAGUGAUCUGCCACUGUGCUGUCGGAAACUUGCCCACCCAAAUAUAGGGCAUGAUGACACCUUCUCUGUAUGGCAAAUUGAGUGGUUUAGCCAGUGUUAAUAAUAACAAAAUGCCUAAUGUCUGGCUGCUGCAAAAUAGAGAAAAACUCAAAACAAUGCACACAUUUUGCCAUGUGGAGGUGGAAUCAGUGUGAUUCCAAUUAAAGCAGUCACAACAUAGAGGCGUAUUACUUAUAACCAUCCUUGGAUUUUAUUUUAACUUUUACCUGCCCAUGCAAACAGAAUUUUCAGCUCCUUUUGAGGUAUGCACUCUGCUUGGUUAGGAGUAAUGUUCAAAUUCCUAUUGAUUUUCAUUGCAAUUUCAUCUGAAUGGUACAGAUCCUGAAGGGAAAGGAGGAUCAUAACAGUUUCUUUAGUGAGCAUCGUGGCACAGUAAUAAAAAUCAGGCUUGCAUUUUCUUCUGCGCUGCUCAAGUUGGAAAUCCAACCUUUUUGUGUUUGGUUGUGCAUGUUUUAAGCCAGUCUUUAACCUUGGUAACUUUGUGCAAAACCUGAAACACAUGGACAAGGCCUUAGUUCUUUGCUGGAGCUAAAGAUGAUUCAAAGAACAGAACAUCAGUUAUCAGGUGACGAGAUGGGGGGAGGGUGGGUGGAACAAAAGAAAGACCAUUAAAUGCUUUAUAUAUUUUGUCUGAAAGAAAUCUUACCUUUUAGGAGAAAUGAAUGAGAUAAUAAAAUAUUUUACUUCUGG